ACCUUCUCCUGCAGCACAGCCUGGAGCCCGACUCCUGCACAUGGUGGUAGAAAUUACAGCCCAGGAGGCUCCAUAGUGAAGGGUUGUCAGAGGAGGACACGCCCGCCCCCAGGUUCCUACAAUAUAGGAUCCUCUCAGUGGAGAUCUUCUAUAUAAAAUUCUUCUCCUGAUUGACCUCGCAAGGAUGGACAGGGACAGGGACAAGAUGGCGGAGAGUAUACUAAAUCUCACACUAGAGAUCCUCUUCCGGCUUACUGGAGAGGACUACACAGUAGUGCAGAAGACCUCUAGUGAGCGCUGGCAGGAUGAAGGAUGGGUAAGAACCCUGAGGCCAAUCAUGGAGCCUCCACCUCACCCCCUGAUACAUGAGGAAAUCAAUAGAGAGAAGAUCCUAGAACUAACCAACAAGAUGAUUGAGCUGCUGACUGGAGAGGUUCCUAUAAGGUGUCAGGAUGUCACUGUCUAUUUCUCCAUGGAGGAGUGGGAGUAUUUAGAAGAACACAAAUAUCAGUAUAAGGACAUCAUGAUGGACGCUCACUGGCCUCUCACAUCACCAGUUAAAGAAGAGAUAACAACACCAGAGAGCUGUCCCAGUCCUCUUCUUCUACAGGAUGGUUCAGAAGAAUAUCACAAUGUCUCACAGGAUGAUCAGCUUGUGAAUCCGGGUGAAUAUCUGAACAAUUUUAAUCCUACAGAGAAAUAUGUGAGGGACGAUGAGCAGAGUACAGAGGACAUUCCUACAGAUAACCGCCCAGAUGACUGUACCAGGAACUUAGAGAAACAUCUGGUAUCUUCAGAUUUUGAAGUAGAUGAUUGUGGUAUCACAAGAGAUACAUUUGAAGAGCAUGCCAAUAUGCAAGAUAUACCCUCAUCUAAUCACAGCAACAAUGCAUCAUUUAAUUAUUUUAAACAGGUUCUAUCUGAUUCAUCACAGACUGUGACACAGAAUAAAAGUCACAGAAGAGGUGCUAAACAUCAAACAGCUCACAUAAAAGAAAAGCCAUUUUCAUGUUCAGAAUGUGGUACAUGUUUUAAUCAUAAAUCAGAACUUGUUAUACAUCAGAGAAAACACACAGGAGAGAAGCCAUUUUCAUGUUCAGAAUGUGGGAAAUGUUUUAGGGAUAAAUCAGUUCUUGUUAUACAUCAGAGAAAUCACACAGGAGAGAAGCCAUUUUCAUGUUCAGAAUGUGGGAAAUGUUUUAAGCAGAAAUCAGGUCUUGUUAUACAUCAGAGAAUUCACACAGGGGAGAAGCCAUUUUUAUGUUCAGAAUGUGGUAAAUGUUUUUAUCAGAAAUCAGAACUUGUUACACAUCAGAGAAAUCACACAGGACAGAAGCCAUUUUUAUGUUUAGUAUGUGGGAAAUGUUUUAAUCAGAAAUUAGCUCUUGUUGUACAUCAGAGAAAUCACACAGGAGAGAAGCCAUUUUCAUGUUUAGAAUGUGGGAAAUGUUUUAAGGAUAAAUCAGGUCUUGUUAUACAUCAGAGAAAUCACACAGGAGAGAAGCCAUUUUCAUGUUCAGAAUGUGGAAAAUGUUUUAAGGAUAAAUCAGGUCUUGUUAUACAUCAGAGAAAUCACACAGGAGAGAAGCCAUUUUCAUGUUCAGAAUGUGGGAAAUGUUUUAAGCAGAAAUCAGGUCUUGUUAUACAUCAGAGAAGUCACACAGGGGAG